AUGACCAUCUCCAAAAAAAAGAGGCAACAUAGAGAUGAUAGAAAAGCAUCAGGCGGAAAAACAUGUCGACCUACGCCACGGAAGCGGCCGGGAGAGGGACAGAAAUCUUUUGGAGGAGCAGAAAAUGGAGAAACAACACUGGAGAGCAGAGGAUUAUCACAUAGUUAA